UGUGGAGUAGGUUGAGUAAUGGCUAGAGGGGACACGAGAUAGCUCAACUUACAGAUAUUUGCUUAUUUUAUUAUUUUACCGUCACCAGAACUCAGGUGGGUAUUUGUCUCACUCGGCCUUUCCCUCGAGCGCUUGGUUUGGGCCCCCAUUCUUUUGUUUUCACAGUUACUGUAUGCAGUGGAAUGGCUGAAGUGCCGCCUGGGCCUAACGCGCUGUCUGCAUCCCCGGCCGAAAUUAUACCGCUGCCCGUGGACGGCUGUUCAUUCCUGGGGAACAAUGAAAAACUGGACCGCGGCCGAGGGGAUGUUAUAGCUCUGGGAACGGAACCGCAGCAAGCGACGGAGCCCAGAGGAAUAAUUAAGACGAAGCAGAACAACGUCCACCCGAACUCCUCGCUGACACAGCUGAACGGCGUAGGCGAACACACGGAGGAAGAGGAGGAGGAGGACGGCGAGCACUGCAGCCGCGUCUCCGUCUCCAACCACGUCCCACACCCGGCGCACAGGGCGGCAGUCUCGGAGCGUUUGGAUGGCGAGCGCUCGGCGAGCGUCUUAACGAACAACGAAUGCGAGAACCGCACAGUCCCGAACAACGAAGUCAGCACCGCGGCUAUCAGCGAAAACAGUUCGGAUGAACCGGAGUGUGACAACAGUACGUGUUCGGGGACUGUAAACAGCAGGACAGUCGGUAACUUGUCCCUCGCUGAGGCCGGAGGUGAGGGACAGGAAUUAGCGGCCGAUGAUGGCAGUAAAGGCCGGGCUGUUGAGGAAGAGGCCCCGGUGGCUCAGAUGGCAAACCUGUCACUGACGGAGGAGCAAACGGGCGAUAGCGCCAUCAGUUACGUGAGAUACGAGUCAGAGUUGCAAAUGCCAGAUAUUAUAAGGCUCAUAACUAAAGACUUGUCUGAACCUUAUUCGAUAUACACCUAUAGGUACUUCAUCCACAACUGGCCACAGCUCUGCUUUCUGGCUAUGGUGGAGAAAAACUGUGUCGGUGCCAUUGUGUGCAAGCUGGACAUGCACAAGAAGAUGUUCAGGCGGGGCUACAUUGCCAUGCUUGCUGUGGACUCCAAAUUUCGCAGGAAAGGCAUUGGUACUAACCUUGUUAAAAAGGCAAUCUAUGCCAUGGUGGAUGGGGACUGUGAUGAGGUGGUGCUGGAGACAGAAAUCACCAACAAAUCCGCCCUGAAACUUUAUGAGAACCUGGGCUUUGUCAGGGACAAGCGGCUCUUCAGAUACUAUUUAAAUGGAGUGGAUGCUCUGCGGCUCAAACUCUGGCUACGCUAAGUCUGACUGUGACCUCCUCAACUAUCCCUUUGGUCCUCUGUUCUCCUGUCCCUCUGCCCCAGCCCGGAAGAGCUGCGUUCUUUCAGUGAGUAUGGCGAGUCAGCCUCCAGCAAGCCACAACGAGGAGGCAGCCUCGCAUGAAAAACGAGCAAAAUGUAAUAAAGAGUUUUAAGUACCUU